UACCCUUCCUUGAACAAUACCGUUGAACCAAAUCAGAAUCGGAACGACACAACAAAACUUCUACGACGUUUUUGGAGAACAUUCACCUUCGAGUCAUUAAAUAUCUCUUCCCGUUGACCUUAGAAAGAUUAGAAACACGACAAGAACAUUGCCAAGUGGCAAGUGUGUGUUUUUACGUUGGAACAGUGUACAUUUUUUUGUUUUCUUUUUCGUUUUUCCACAAUUUUCAUGGACGAGUCAGAACUCCUAUUCAAUCUCUUCUAUCUGCUGCUAUGUAUGUGUAUCAUCUAUCCACCAGAGGAAUUUGGACGUUUGGGUCUCACCAUUGAACAAUUGUUCUCCAAUUGGUUGGGCGAAGAACAUCUGAAUUUUGUUCGCUACCAUCAGAGACGCACCUCAUUGAAUCUCUUCAUACACAGUUGUCUGCCGGCAAUCUACUUUCUCAUACAUCGUUUUAAAUUCUCUGUCUUUACGGAGUACGAUGAUACCGAAGAAGAAUCUGAAUUGGAUCCAGAUUUCCCUAUGCCGCAAGAGGCAGUGGCUUUUAAAACACUCACGUGGAAAGUGGCACAACGUUUUAGUUUGAUGGCUGUUCUAGCCGUUCCGGCCUUGAUAUUUAAUUGGUAUCAACAGAAUUGGAAGAGACAUCCCAUAACACAAACCUUACAAAAGUUUUCCAAUACGCCGAACAGUACAUCAGAUGUUGAAUCGGAUAUAGGCAACGAAUUCCGCAGGCCGGAUAUUUACAAGAAGAAAUUAAAUUCGAUAUCGACAGUAAUCGCUACAGAAAAUUGGAUUAUAAAAACCUCGCUGUACAAUGUCAAUUUUGCCCAUCAAAGUGAUACCGUUCUGAGUGUAGCUAAGACGGAAACAUACAACGUGUCUCAGGAUAACAAUGACACCCUGCAAAUGGUCAGUAUCAUGGUGAAGACUAAUCGUGCUGGUGUACCCGAUUUUCACAUACGCAUUAAUGCCUUGGAAUUUCGGAAUCUUGAAGAACGUAUAACACGACCAAUUCUUAUACCAUCCAAUAUACAAUUUCAUCGAAAUGUGAUCGAUCGUUUCAUUGAUGUAUUCAAGGAACAGGUUAGCCUUAAUCCCAUCUAUAAAGCCGAUCGUAUAGCAGAGAAAUGUUUUGCCUGCAUGGUGGCUGAGCCUAAUAUAAAAAUCCAUAAACAAUGUUUAGACGUUGAUCGAAAUGGUCAACCGUUAAGUGCAGAUAAUUGUUGUACAAAUUGUUAUUGUCGUCCAAUGUGGUGUGUUGAGUGUUUGGCACGUUGGUUUGCUGCCCGACAAAAUGAUCAUGAACGCGAAGUGUGGUUAGAACAGAAAUGUACAUGUCCUAUGUGCAGGGCUAAGUUUUGUUUAUUAGAUGUAAGUUAUAUAGAGAAACCUGCUGUGACACCAACAACACUCAGUGAUACAGACGCACCGGCCAGUGGCAAUGAUAAUCAAACGUGAUUAUGUUUUAAAUUAUAGUUACGCAUUUUCCAAAAAAAAAAAGAAAAAACGGCACGAAAAACUAGGAAAAAAGGAAGAACUGUGUUCAAAACAUAUACAUCUUUUCGUAGUGAAUAUAAAUAUCCAGUUUUUACUUUUCAAUUUUAAAAAUUUAUAAACUUCAUUAAAUGAAAUACUCUUAUUACUAUAACUAUGAUAUGGACUGAAGAGUUUCGGGGUUAAUAAUGGAAAUCAUUGCAUUCAAAUUUAAAUUUAAUGUAAGAAUACGCUUUUGCAACAUGUGGUGGCAAAAGUUACUACGCAUAAUCUAUAAGAUAUAAUUAGAAGUUUUUACGUCUACGGAUUAAGUUCUUUAUUCAAUUGAAUUUAUCAUAUACCAAUAUGGUGCAAUCGAAAGCCUGUAGAUGGUGAAUAAUAAAAGAUAACACUCCGCCAUGGGGAACUUGGAUAA